GGAUACGGCCUUAAGUGCUACGAGUGUAAGUCUGAGAAGAGUUGGGAUGACUGUGCUAAAAGUGAAGUGGAUUGUCCGGCAGUCAACGAUAUAACCUGCGUCAAAGCCUAUGGCGAAGGAAAAGUGGCAGGCGAGUCUAGGAAAGCUUUUGCCAAGGGGUGUUUCCUUAAAUCAUUGUGCAACAAUGAUUUCUGCAAGAAUCAAGUACCUGGGGUCACAUUCUCCAAGUGUGAUAUCAACUGCUGCGACAGUGAUCUGUGUAAUGGAGCCAAGGUACCAAUGAUGAGCACUCUCCUGCUUUUCGCAUGUGUCCUUGUAGUUUUUCGCCGUUGA